GGUGCAUUUUUUUUCUUCUUCUUCUUCUUCUUCUGAAAAGUGAUAGUUUCCGAGGAAUAUAAGGUGUGGAUCUCUAACGACAAACGAGAGCGAGGUCUGAAAUAAUAAAAUCAAGACAAUUUAUAUUCAUUUUUUUCUUUUUUUUAUCCGGCUGGCCCAAGAAGCAACAAGAGUUGGAACAGUGUCCCCGGUAGAAACACGUCGCCCGUGUUAAUUAGACCUCUGCGUGUUCAGCAGUGUGCAGUGAGCAGCAGUGGUGAGGAUGACGGAGUAUAAGCUGGUAGUGGUAGGAGCUGGAGGCGUGGGCAAGAGUGCACUUACCAUCCAGCUGAUCCAGAACCACUUUGUGGAUGAAUAUGACCCAACCAUAGAGGACUCAUACAGGAAGCAGGUGGUGAUUGAUGGGGAGACUUGCCUGUUGGACAUCUUGGACACUGCAGGUCAGGAGGAGUACAGCGCCAUGAGGGACCAGUAUAUGAGGACAGGGGAGGGCUUCCUAUGUGUCUUUGCCAUCAACAACACCAAGUCCUUUGAGGACAUUCACCAGUACAGAGAACAGAUCAAACGUGUUAAAGACUCUGAUGAUGUUCCAAUGGUGCUCGUGGGGAACAAAUGUGACCUCCCAGCACGCACAGUGGACACGCGGCAAGCGCAAGAACUGGCCCGCUCCUACGGCAUCCCAUACAUAGAGACCUCUGCUAAGACACGACAGGGAGUGGAGGAUGCCUUCUACACACUGGUGAGAGAGAUCAGACAGCACAAGCUGCGGAAGUUGAACCCCCCUGACGACAGCGGCCAGGACUGCAUGAGCUGUCGCUGUGUGGUAUCGUGAUGCAGCUCACUGUUGCAGGGUGAGGAGAGGUCCCACGGCGCAUAGUGGCAGCAUGGACUUGAAGAUCGAAAAAUGAAACUACACAAUGACGUAACAAACUUUUUUAAAAAAGAGGAUGGUUGAAGCAGAAGCUUGCAAGGAAACCACCAGACAUGACUGUACUGUAGAGAUUUUUAAGGAGGAAAGGAGAAUUUGGACCCAUGCCUAAAUGGCUGGCUGUACUUGCCCGGUCCGUCCCCUCUUUUGGUCCAUGCCUGCCUUUGAGCAACACCACUAAUGACUCUAGUCAGCUCCAGUGUGAUCUCGCUGGGUGGCUCCAUGAGUUUCUGCUAACUUAUUAUUUUACAGUCUCAACACUGGUCUAGAAGGGGCUUUACCCAAACCCCACCCACCUCAAAAGCCUAAUCUCACGGCCCCCACCUGCCCCCUGGAAGGACUGACUGGACUGUGGCCAUUAGUUCCCCUGUUCCCCUGCAUAUAAACACCCCACCCUUCCCUGCCUGUUGCAUUUCUAGAAUGGCUGUGUUGUAACCUCAUUAUACUGUAUGCAGGGGGUGGAGUCUGAUACAAGAUGCCACAUGGGAAUUAUUAAAAUUUGUCGUUGCUGUUGUUUAACGGUUAGCUUAGCCGUACAAACUUUAAUUUUAAUGAUUACUUGUUUUGAUAUGGAACUUUUUUUUUCUUGUAAUUGAAGGUUUUGAAAGUGAUCACUAAGCUCUGUAAGGAUGUUUAUUUUGGGUGACAGGUAAAUGAUAUUUUAAUGAUCUGGCCACCUUAGUUGGAAGUUGUUGUGUUUUUUUGGGGGGGGGGCGUGGAUGAGGUUCUACAUUUAGUGAAGAAGCCCAGAUAGAUGAACCCAUUUUCCCAGAUUGCAGCUGCCUUCAUCCCUCACAGCCCCAGAUGUUUGUGUGCUAAGGGUUGUCAUUGUGGAAUAAUAGUAAUGGCUAGUGUAGGUUUAUUGCAUUAAGAUUGUUUACUGUCUGAUUUAGGGAAAAAAAGAAGAAUUGGGAAUAAACCAUCUCUUAUGUCUACUUAUAUCCUUGUGUUUCUUUUGGUUCAGCAAGAAGAUAUACAGUACAUGAUAUUCUGUCACUAUGGUUAUCAGGCCUGGAAAGGGUGUCCCCAGAAUGGGGACAUUUGCACCAUCCCUGCACAGCAAUGCAGGGCGUAGGAACACUGAUAAACUAUAGUUUGAAACUAGACAGCAUUGAUAUUCCUUUUUACAUUUACUUUCUGUAUCUGGUGGACAGCUGUUACUAAAAUGUGAGUUGUCACAGGCAUGUGUAGAUAGCAGAAAUUGUUCCUCGUUGUGUAUAAGGCUCAGGAAUCGGGGGUCUGGGAAGGUCUCAUCUUGUCAUCCCUGAACCCGGUUGUAGGAAUGUCAUUAUAAGUCAGUUUCACAGAGUGUGAACACACUGUAGUCCUGCCCCAAGAGUACGGACAAUGUGUUGGACACUUCUUUAAUUUUGCCACACACCAAACAAUCCUCAAAUUGCCGCUUCCUCUUCCUCUUCACACCUACCACCUCAUCUCUUGAAAGGAACAAUAACCAGUUAGGUGCUAAUCUUGUUAGAACUAUGUUCAGUUUUGAAAUGUAUGUAAAUGUGUAAUUUUAUAUUGGGUUUUGGGGGUGACCUACCUUUGUUUCUCAAUGCUAACUAGCUUGUGUCCCAUGAUUUAACUGCAUUCAUCUGCUGCCUACAUGCCUACAUGCCCUGUGUUAACUUGCCUUAUCUUGUUAGCUCGUUCCUAUCUCAUGUAUGCAGUGAAGUCAACCUGGGACAAAACUGUUCUGUAUGUCUCAUUCUUCUGUUCUGAUUUCAUGUGCAACGGGAGAAUUGUCGAGGUUAGAUUUGCACGGUACUGUACAGUAUUUGAUGUUAAACUAGUAAGAUGGGGGGGGGAUGAACCCCAAAAACACUACAAUGAUGGAGGGGAUUUGUUUUUUCAUGAUGCGUCUCAAUGCAGAAAAAAUGUGAAGAUGGCGCUCUUGACCCGGGCCACUGUUUGGUCCUUAUGUUUGGCUCCACUGGAAGUUAAUCAAGAUCUAAAUUGUGAAUUUCUGUUAAAAUAAUAUGAAGGCCAACCACUUUGAGCUCUUUUUGUUUCAGAUUUUUUUGAAUAGAAGUCUUGACAAAAAAAAGUCUAUCACAACAACGCUCCUUGUUAAGUGCACAACAAGUUUGCAUGUGGAUUUUGAAAUUUUAGAGGAACUUUGAUAACCUUUGCCCUUUCCCAAUGCACCUUUUAUCGUGGUUAAACUUCCUGGUAUGACCCUUCACCCGGUGGGGGUGCUGGCGAUAGGCCUUAACAUCCCAGACAGCUUUAUAUGCAAGCUACUCUGAAAUGCCAGCCAAUAAAAAGUACAUUUUUUUAUACAGAGUAUAGAUAAGCGGUCCUGCACAAAAGUCCCAAACAGUUCAUGUAAUUGUACAGAUCUGUGUAAAGAUUUCUAAAAUGCAAAAUUCAAGACACUGAACUUCUGUUAUGUGAAAACCUGAUUGCAAGAUUUUUUUUUGUUUUUUUUAAUUUGGCAAUGUUGAGGGAUAACGGCAGUUGCUGUACCUUGUUAGCCCAGUUACUCUUGUAGAGAAAGUGAACACUGCAAAAAAAAAGAAAGGUUUUAGAAAAAUGCAACUUUUAACUUUUUAAAUGGAUGGUAGCGGGUCAGGUUGUCUUACUUGGAAUUCAUUUUUGCUGUGUGGGAAAGGUUAUAGUAUAACUUAAUGUGUUUGACUAAGUUAUAAAAGGAAAACAUGUAUUAAUAAUACACAACGUUUAAUGUGGGACUCACAAAUUCUCAGAUGAAUCAUUUAAGGAUUGUUUUGGGUUUUGCUAUUAGAUUUGCUUUACCUACCUUAGGUUGUUUUUUCCUCACCCAAAUCUGCUCAGUUUUGUUUUUCCACUAAAAAGGGUGUGUCAUACAUGUGCUUACAGUCAAUAUCGUAUGCCUAUGCCUUUUUUCUGCCUAUACAAUACCUCAAUGGUAACACUAUAAAAUUUCACAAAUCUAUGCAUUUGAUUCCUAUAAAUCAAGUCAACAUCAGAAUAUUAAUGCCAUGUUGCAUCAGGGGCUCUCAGCCAGUCAACAGCAGCUAUAUGUGUCUGAAAAGCUAUAAGCAUGACAAAAAGAAAUAUGUAGUAGGAGUUCCGCGAAAGGAAACCAUGGGUUUAAGGGCUUGAUUUUUUUUCCCACCCCCUUGCAAAUAAGGGGGUUGUGAGGGGAUUUUGUGAAAAUGUCAACUGUUUAACUAUUUAAGGUGUAUUUACUCUUCAACAAUGUAUAACAGGACAGGAAUAAAGAUGUCAAGAUG